AUGGUAGGACUAACGUUGAAGAGCGCUUUCCAGUUUAAGCGGAAAACUAGCGAUAAAGCUUAUUCAGGAGGUGGGAGGCUAAGCAGGCUUGCGUCCGUUGCUAAUGAACUUCAUCCUCAAGAUUAUGAUGCCUUGCAACCCUUGUUGACAUUAUUGAACAUCCAAGGUCAAAAAUGCUACGCAUCCGAGGCUAUAUCAGGAGUAUUUAUCGCCAAAGUUGAGGACAGAGGAUUUGUACCGGUUAGUAAGUUCUCAUUGAUCGGAACAACCCUUAGACUCUAUGUGCGUUCGAAUGAUUUGAAUAACGCUGUUGAAGAUGUUAUUGAUAUUGAUAUAAAACUUUUAUGGGAUCAUCGCAUUUCAAAAAACGGAGAUAACUACCUUCUUUCUUUCUACUCAAACAAUGACAUUUCUCUGGUGUCGUUGAAUGAGAAAGACGUCCUACAAGUAAGUAAGCUAAUCUCAUUGGCUCAGUUUGAAUAUGGCUCAUUAUUCAAGUCUUUGACGGCUACAAUCAUUUCAUCCGUAGGCCUAAAGAUUCCAGAUAUUCAUGUCAUUCUUAAUAAUAACUUUAGUUUCAAAGAUUGGUGUUACAUCUAUCUUAAUAAUGAAUGGGUGAAAGUUUGGUGUCAUGUAGAUAAGCGUAAGAAACCUGGUGAUCCUAAGGGAAAGGCUAAGGUUAAGUUUUACCGUGAUGACAAAUCUACUUCUAAAAAGAAUUUGAUUUGUUUUAUAUCUGAUCUUGACCCCGUGGAAGAAGUCUUUUUGACCACUGAGCCAUUUAUCCCAACCAAAGUGGAUGGGGUUAACUGGGACCUUGAAAGGCUCAAAACUCUGUCGCAUAGUGGUUUGAAUACCUCAGAUGCAUUAGAUACCUUCAUGGAGAAUUUAGACACCGUCUCAGUGCUAGGAACAGUUAAUUGGGUAAACCCCGAAAGCGCAUCUGACAGUCCACGCUCCUCGAGAUCAAGGUCUUCAUCGUUUGCCUGGGUCUCUAAGAGUCCUAGAGCAAGGGGUUUGAGUAUGUCUGACACUAAACUCCAAUCUCGUUCUGCAAAAGCGUCCUCUACCACAUUAACCGACCUGCCAACUAGUCCAGUCUCUAAAAGUCAUAAAAGAGUGAUGUCAGAAGCAUCUAUGAGUUCAACAACACCAAUUGAUCUCGAUGAUGCAUCUUUUGAAUCUUCAUCGGAAAGAUUCCUUUUCAAACCCAUACCACAUGCUGGAGUUCAUCACUUGGAAACUAUUAUAAGAUUUUUGCUACCGAUUUACGACUGCUUACAACUUUAUGGAAGACCAGCUUCUUUCAGAAAUGGACGUGAAGAUUAUCAUUCGUUAACUUUCGGAUUACCAAAAUUACCUUCAGUGGAUUUCUUCUCUAAAGGAGAGCUAGAGAAUCUAUUUUCAGAGAGCGCUAUGGAUUUCGAUCUAAAUACCCUGGACAGAUGGAAAUAUUUCAAGUCUGCCCUCAGAGAGUGUUAUGAAGACGAGUCACGGACCUCUACUCAAUCGUUCAGAACUCUAUCAUCGUCCCUAAACCAUUCACUUGUUAGAAUUCCUCUGUCGCCUAGCUCGAAUUCGAAGCUCCAAUAUUCAACAACUUGCAAUAAUUCCAACGAUUCACCACCUAUCUUAUGA